UCUCCCAUUUCCACAUUUCCCCAACAACACACGGUUCUACCUCCGAAAAGCAACACACGGCGAGGCGGAGAUGGAGCAGCCGGAGAUGGAGAUGGAGAUGGAGCAGCCGGCCGCCGUCUCGGAGGUGCUCGGCCUCGACCACCUCCUCGACCAGAUCUUGCUCCGCCUCGACAUUCCCGUCUUCCUCGUCCUCGCCUCCCAAGUCAACAAGUCCUGGAGAAGGCGCGCCACCGACCGGGAUUUCCUCGUCCGCUUCCGCGACCGCCUCGCUAGCCGCCCUCGUCCUCGGCCCCUCGGCUUCUACGUCAGCUUCGUCGACGCCCUCGGCCUCCAGCACUCGGCCCAGGACCGCACCAAGUUCGUGCCCAUGUCUCAGCACCCCAAGCUCGCGGAUGUCAUGAACGACGCCUUCUUCGGCAACUUCGGCGACAACCUCGACCCCGACGAAAAACCAGUUGUCAUGGACUGCCGGAACGGCCGCGUCCUCCUCAAUCAGAGCCGCCGCGACGCCGGUCCUUACGUUGUGCUCGGCCCGCUGGACCCAGCGCCAGCCCCGGCCCUCUUACCGCCUCUGCCGCCACAUCCCCUUCGUAACAAGAUGUUCUGGUUCCUCGGCGACUACCGCCGCGACGGGACGUUGUGCGUCUACGUCGGCAUCCCCACUCAGCUCCAUCAGCCGAAAGAUAUGGUGCGCUUGGCCCUCCUGCAAGGAGACAACUGGGUCAGCAACGUCUCCUACGUCACAGGGCUCUCUGCUACGCUUGGAUUUCCCUUUGAUCAAUUGCUUGUGGGCGACAACCUCUACAUGCUUUCCUCCAACGGCUACAUUGUUCGCUUGGAUUUGGUCUCCAUGAGGUUCCGUGUCAUCCAGCUUCCAGAUUGGUGGACUGACUUGGACGCGGAUAAGCAGAUACUCUCACGAGCAUAUAAUGAUUUUGGGAUCAACUUCAUCGAGAUCAAGGGCUUACAUCUGCAUGUUUGGGUCUGCAAGAGCGAUGGUGGCAAUGCGGGCACGUGGAUGCUGGAGGCUGACAUUUCUCUGCCCGCGGCAUUUGGUGAUCUUGCAAACCUUAUUGCUGAUGAGGACGGUGAUGUUGUUGAUGAACCAGAUGAUGGGAGGACCAGGAAUGUUGAGGAGGUGUAUGGCAGGUUGGUGGAAGAUGGUGAAGUGUUUCGCAUCCGCCACUUUAUGAUGACCUGACCUCUCGUCUUAUCGGCACCGGUUGAUGAAAAUAAAAUGUUGAACAGAUGGUUUCCUCUUUGUUUGGAAAUUUACAAUGUUUUGGGGUGUUGGGGGACAUCAAGAUGAUGUCUGUUACAAUAUGUUUUGACACUUCUGUAAUCUGUACAGUACUGUGCUUACACAUUUUUUGGGGUUUUAUCAUCGAUCAAUUAGGAUGGCUAUUACUGAUGCUAUCUCCAUUCUGCUCCAUGCCCUUUUCGAAGUUGAUGUUUACUAGUGUUUCGUAAUGCCGUGAUUUGAUAUGAUGGGUCCUUUCUA